AUGGCUGGAGCAGACGUGAAUUGCGUCGAUCCGUCCACGUCGAUGUCGGCAAUGCAAGUAGCCGUUGCGGCUGGCAACGCUCACCUGGUCAACUUAUUUAUCAACCAUGGUGGACUUGUCCAUCAGACCGAAGGUGACUCUGCCCUCACUAUAGCGGCCAAGCACGGACACAUGGAUCUGCUGCCACUGCUUCUUCCUUUAGAUGGUAUGAAAACAGCUGCACCCGCACUAGUUGAAGGUGCCCGCAACGGCCAUGUGAAGGUCAGACAGAAGUCUGUGAAGUACUGGUGGACUUCGUUCGAAUGCAAUGAUUUUGCUAAAGCAAUGUGUGCUGCAUGUGAACACGGACAAGCUGAGACUGUACAAUUCUUCCUAUCGCGUGGCGCAUCCCUGUCCACUAUGCAAUGGCCUGCAGAACGUCCUGCUCUGAUCUGUGCUGUUGAAAGUGGCAGUUGGGAUCUGGUGGUUGCAGUAUUCGCCUUGCCAAAUUGCGACAUCGAGUGCAAAGACGCUUUUGGCAGGACCCCGAUCAUCGCUGCUGCGCGGUGCGCGCACGUCGGACUAAUCGAUAUGCUGCUCAAUAAAGGUGCUGAUAUCAAUCAACGAGAUGAUUACGGCUGGACAGCUCUUGUACACGCUGUUCAUAAGAAUCAUUUACCGUCAGUACAGCUUCUACUAGACAGAAGUGCAGAUAUUACCGGUAAAGACAAGAAC